AUGACCGCCACGCAAUACAAGCACCUCGUCGUCUUCGGGACGUAUUUCUGGGGCCACUCUCGCCCUAUGUGCACGCUGGUCGCGCGCAUAGUCAAGCUGCGCCCGGUCCAUGUCACGUUCCUCACUAUACCAAGUCUCCAUGGACGCGUGCAAGGGGAGGUCGCGCGGGACUUCCAGCCAGGAGAAGAGCACCUCGCGAGCAGGAUCAGAAUCAUCACGAUAGACGAGGGCCUCACCCCCAACCAGACGAGCGGCGCGCCAGGGGCAUUCAAGGCGGCUUGGAGCCAGCUUUGUAACGAUCAGCCGCUUAUCUGCGCGAAGACGGGCGCGAGCUUCGAGGCGCUCCCUGUUCGCCCGAGUGCGGUGCUUCUAGACUUUUUCGCCGUAGAAGCCUUUCACCUCGUGCGGGAGAUGAGCGGGGAGGCCGUCAAGCGGUACAUCUGGUGGGCGGCGUCGGCGAACUCCUUCUGGCUUGUCUCCGGGAAAGAGAACGUGGCUGCGGUCCAUGCGGAGGCUGAACGCACGGGCAAGUCGGUGAAGGAAGCCGCCCUGGAUAUGUUCUUUUCCCUGAAUGGGAGACUCGUUAAGAGCCCCUGCACACCGACGAUGCAUGACUGGGAGAUGCAUCCCCAGCAGGUCAUGCUCGACAGGGAGGAGUUCGGCGAAAUAAUGGCCGGGAUAGGCCGGCUCCCGCACACUACUCACGGGAUAGUCACCUUUGAUGCCGCGGAUUACCAGCCCAAGGCCACCAAUGGCAUCCGUGAAUUCUACGCGGAGAAAGGGACUGGGAAGGUCUUCUUUGCAGGCCCCCUCCUGCCUUCCGGCUCGCAGGCCGUCUCGAACGAGAAGUCACUGGCACAGAAUGGAAAUGGAGUUAUGGACUUCUUGGACGAGAAGCUCAAGUCUGCGGGCGAACAUUCUGUUCUUUACCUCUCAUUCGGCUCGCUCUUCUGGCCAUCGAACCCCGCCAAGAUUUGGGCGGUGAUCGACGUGCUAAUCGAGAAGAACGUCCCGUUCGUUAUGAGCCACGGCGCGUCGAUGGCAACUCCAAUGCCCGACGACGUCGAGGCCAGGAUCGAGGCGUACGGAAACGCGAUUGUCUCCGACUGGGUUCCACAGCAAUCCCUCCUGGACCAUCCUGCGACAGGGUGGUACCUGAUGCACGGCGGGCACAACGGCACCAUGGAGACUGUCACAUCUGGUGUCCCAAUGAUCGUGUGGCCGAUCGACGCGGACCAGCCGAUCAACGCUGUCUACCUCGCCGAAGAGGUCAACGUGGCAUACGAGCUCAUCGAGGUCCGCAACGGCUGCGGCCUGGGCAAGAUCUACCGCAACGGCCGCACGCCCGUGGGCACCAUCGACGCCGUCAAAGAGGAGAUGCGCAGCGUCCUCGAAAAGGCGUUUGGGGCGGACGGCGCUGAGAAGCGUGCGCGGCUGCAGGUGCUGAGGAAGAAGCUGCAGGCGGCGUGGGGCGAGGACGGCGUCGCGCGGCGCGAGGUCGGUGCGUUCUUGGAUGAUUUCAAUUACUAG